AUGACUACUAGAAAGCUAACGGUGCUGUUCACACCACUUAACGGUUGGGCACACAUCAACGCCUCUCACGGGUUGGCCGAGGAGUUGAAACGGAGAGGGCAUCGGGUGGUGUUUGCUGUCGAUAAGGCCUUUAAGGGAAAACUACUACCCUUUGGGUUCGAGGAGUGUAUACAUGGCUUGAAAGUGGACGGGGAUUGGCCACAGGUUGUCAAGAAGAUCGUCCAGUGUUUCAAAGAAGAGCCCAUUGUUAUUGUCGAGAAGUUCCUGGUGAUCACUAUGACCAAAAUGUUUGCCGAUAAUAAGGAACGGGAGGCACAGUAUAAGGAGAUCAUCGAGAAAGUAAAACCCGAUUUGAUUGUGACGGAUAACUAUGUAAAUAUGCCGACCAUUACUAAUUGUGGAAUACCUUGGGUAUGGUUGUACGCGGCGGCCGUACCCUUUGCACUCAAUGAUGACGAUAGGAUACCCCCGCCGUGGGCUGGUCUACCCCUACAUGACCGCAAAGAUUGGGCUAAAUUCCGGGAACGGCGUCAAAAACUAUACUAUAAUUUACACAAACAAAUCAAUGAAUACACCGUAGAAAAGGGGGCACCAAAACUAGUGGAGGGGCGCCUACACCCUCUCAGCCCGUACCUUAACAUCUAUUUCUGGCCCAAAGAGUUUGAAUACUCGGAACUGCAACCGAUGUCCGACAACUGGGUUCGGGUGGAGAGCUUCAUCCGCACGACAAACGACACGUUUGACAUACCGGCCCAACUCCAGGCCCACCGGCCGGCCGAC